AUGGAGGCAUCAAACAAAAACCCAUUGAAGAUAUAUGAAAAUCAAGUGAGAUAUGGAUCCAAGGCGACGUGGGUCGAGCGGCGACGCCACGUGACUUCCACAUUCAUAGGACCAAUCAAAUGCAUCGUAGCAAGUAGCUUCUCUUUGAUUGAGCGUGUCAUUCUUAGUGCAGGGGCCAUGCUAAUCUUCUCUGUAUAUUUUCAUUUGACCAUAUGCCCCGAAGGGCGGAAUAAGUCUGCGUUCGGUUCGUUAUAA